AAACAAAACGUUUCCUUUCUGGAAUUGAACUAAAAGAAUUUAAUGUUAGGUAUUUUAUUUAAACAGAAAGGAAUGUGAUUUGGAUUUGAUUUGAUUUCUUUAGCGAAAUAAAAUCAGAAACUCGUUCUUAGGGUAGAAAAUUUUAUUUUUCUCAAAAAAAAAAAAGAGAAAAUUUUAUCGUAAAACUUUAUUUUUAAUUAUAAAACAAUUUUUUGCAUAAUUUUUUUCGUUCCAAUUGAAUGGAACAGUUGAAAAUUGCAACAAAUUCUCAUAUGAAAGAGGAUCAUUCUUCACAACUUUCCAUGAAAAGAGAUAAUAAUCUUGAGUCUUUGGGCAGUCCUCGGCAUCGAAGGGUGUCAACAAGAUGGGAUCCAAAUGAACCAUGCCGGCCUAACAUUGAUGAUGCCCCAGUGUUUUAUCCAACUAUUGAGGAGUUUGAAGAUACACUUGCUUACAUAGAAAAAAUUCGUGCUGAAGCUCAAUCAUUUGGUAUAUGUCGGAUUGUUCCGCCACCUUCCUGGACUCCACCUUGUCCUCUUAAAGAGAAAGAUAUAUGGGAACAUGCUAAAUUUUCUACUAGAAUUCAGCAAGUUGAUUUACUUCAAAAUAGGGAGCCAAUGAGAAAGAAAAAUAGAAGCCGGAAACGGAAACGGAGGAGGCAUUCAAGAAUGGGAGCUACUAGAAGACAAGCCAAUUCUAGUUCAGAAUCUGUUGUUACUUCUGAGACUGAUGAGAAGUUUGGCUUUAAUUCAGGAUCUGAAUUCACUCUUGAAGAAUUUCAGAGAUAUGCAGAUGAAUUUAAGAAGAUGUACUUUCAAAGGGACUGUAGUGAAGAUUUAGAGCCCAGUAUGAUUGAAUGUAGGAAAUGGGAACCGUCUUGGGAGGACAUAGAGGGUGAAUACUGGAGGAUAGUUGAGCAGCCAAAAGAUGAGGUUGAGGUAUAUUAUGGAGCUGACUUGGAAACAGGAACAUUUGGCAGUGGCUUUCCUAAGCUGUCUUCUGUGUUGACUGGAAAUGAUGCAGAUAAAUAUGCAACGUCAGGUUGGAACCUAAAUAAUUUCCCACGCCUACAAGGUUCAGUGUUAUCUUUUGAAGGAUGCGAUAUAUCUGGAGUUCUAGUGCCAUGGCUCUAUGUGGGGAUGUGCUUCUCAUCAUUUUGUUGGCAUGUUGAGGACCACCAUCUGUAUUCGCUAAACUAUAUGCACUUUGGUGAUCCAAAAAUAUGGUAUGGAGUGCCAGGGAACCAGGCUACCUCUUUGGAGGCUGCAAUGAGAAAGCAUCUGCCUGAUUUGUUUGAAGAACAACCUGACCUACUCAAUGAAUUGGUUACUCAACUGUCUCCUUCAGUUCUGAAAGCUGAGGGUGUACCAGUCUAUCGGGCCGUACAACAUUCCGGGGAGUUUGUUCUUACCUUUCCAAGGGCAUAUCAUGCUGGAUUUAAUUGUGGCUUCAACUGUGCAGAGGCAGUGAAUGUUGCUCCUGUUGAUUGGCUAGAACAUGGUCAACUUGCAGUUGAGCUCUACAGUGAGCAGCAUCGCAAGACAUCACUGUCCCAUGACAAGCUACUUCUGGGAUCAGCUCGGCAAGCCAUCCAAGCUCUCAGGGAGUUACAUGUUCUUGGCAGAGAAACACCGGGAAAUUCAAGGUGGAAACGUGUAUGUGGGAAGGAUGGGAUACUUACGAAGGCAGUUAGGAUGAGAAAGCAGAUGGAAGAGGAACGAGUAAAUUGCCUUCCCCCUGAUAUGCCUGUACGAAAGAUGGAAAAAGACUUUGAUCUGGAAAGUGAGAGGGAAUGUUUCUCUUGUUUCUAUGACUUGCAUCUAUCUGCAUGCAGCUGCAAAUGCUCUCCUGAACGAUUUGCUUGUCUGAAACAUGUAAAGAAUUUCUGCUCGUGCCAGGAUGAAGACAGAUUUGUCCUCCUUCGCUACACCGUUGAUGAAUUGCAAAUGCUAGUUGAAGCCCUAGAGGGAGGAUUAGAUGCUGUUAAACUAUGGGCAUCCAAAGAUCUCGGGUUGGUUUCCGGUAUUGAUUGCGAUGUUUAUUUGUCUAAGUGGGUUCAGGACAGUGAGGUAUUAAAAUUUGAGCCUGCUCGGGAAAGUUUCUCUUGUUCCUCAAGAGUGGAAGAAAAGGUGGAUAUUAAUACUCCUUACUUGUAUGGUCAUUUUUCUUCGGAGGUAUCGCCAUCAGAGUGCCAGCCUGCGACUAAAUUAAAAACCUCUCAUGUCACCUUGGAUAGUCAUAAAAACGUUGUAAAUGUUGGAGUUCUUGUCAUGGAAAACAGAACGAACUCGGAGCAGGAAGCCUGCAUUGACUUAAAUCUUGAUAUUGUAUCUGAUUAUCCUGCAACUGCAAGGAAGUCUAUUUGUGAUUCUGAUAGCUCCAGUAACCACAGUGUAACUGAUGUUGAGACAUUUUUGCGAGAGAAAAGUUGUGGAUUUGAUGAAGUAAGAGAACCUGUUCUAAAGAGACUCAAGAGUGAUUGUAGCUCAUCAGUUUCUCGAGAAUAUUCCGAGAAGUAUCAGCAUUCAAUUUCAACAGGUCAUCGGGGUCCUGACGGCUUUGAGGGCAAGAAAUUGUUCGGCGUUGAACUUCAGUUUCCACAUAUCAAUGCAGGACAAUCAAAUACCUUGUUGAAGGCAGAAACUCUCAACUGCUCAGAUGUAAUUGCGUCUAUGGCUCACCAAGGUCAUCCAUUGUUGAAUCAUGCUGUUGAGCCUUUAAAUUUUGGAUCUGUAAUUUUUGGAAAACUAUGGUGCAACAGCCAGGCCAUAUUCCCAAAAGGUUUUAGAAGCCGUGUCAAGUACUUUAGUGUGCUCGACCCAACAAAGAUUUCUAGUUACAUUUCUGAAGUCUUGGAUAUUGGGCUACUUGGACCUCUAUUUAAGGUUACUUUAGAAGGCUGCCCUACCAUAACCUUCUCGAAUGUGUUGCCUAACAAAUGUUGGGAAAUGGUGCUACAGCAAUUAAAUCAAGAAAUCUUGAGGAGGAAAAACCUAGGAGAAAGUGGGCUGCUACCUUUGCAAUCUCUGCAGAGCAUCAACGGGCUCGAAAUGUUUGGAUUUCUCUCACCAUCCAUAAUUCAGGCAAUUGAAGCUCUCGAUCCAAAUCAUCAAUGUUCGGAGUACUGGAAUGACAAGACUACUCGUGAUAUCAAUGAAGUCAAAAAGUACGCGCUUGGAUUGAGUUGCUCGGUAGGCGAAUCGAAAGCAAAAAUUUUUGGUGUCGAUUUGACAAAGCAAGAUCAUGAAGAUCCCAAUCAACAUUCUGUUGAUGAAGAAAUACAGGUAGUCCUAAGAGGACUUUUCAAGAAGGCAAGUCCUGAAGAGUUGAAAAUAAUGCGCAGGAUACUCUGCAGCGACUCACGAAGUCCUGAACGGCAAGUGGCAUAUGAAACAUUGACCGAGGAGAUCCGCAAAACAUGUCGAUAAACAGUACUGUUCCAAAAAUAAAGGUAAAAACAAAAAAAGAGAAUUAAAUUAGUUCUGGUAGUUGAUUCUGAUAGGGAGUAGAUAAAUUUAGCUUUGAUUAUCAGAUUUUCAUGCUUAUUCUUUCUACUGCUGAUCCGGUUCCUGUCUUAUAUCCGAAGUCCGGUACGAGCAAUAUUGUAAUUCACUGCAAAAUCCUCCAUUGUUAAUGCCACUAACUUAUCAUAGAUAACAUUGCAGAAUUUUGGUAACCUUACUGAAAUAGAUGUCAUUUUUAGUAACA